AUGCAUCAACGCUGUGAGAUGGGCGACAAGGCAAUACAACCCCCGCUGCUGCUGCGGGGGAGCCGCCCCGGGGACAGCGAGCUGGGGCGGCAGUUCCGGGACUGGUGCCUCCGCACCUACGGGGACUCGGCCAAAACCAAGACGGUGACCCGGAGCAAGUACCAGCGCAUCGCCGAGGUGCUGCAGGGGGGAGUCGGCUCGGGCAGCGGCUCCGGCGGGGGGGAGAAAGGCAAGUUCCAGUUCUGGGUCCGGUCCAAGGGCUUCCGGCUGGGCAGCGGCACCCGGGAGGCGGCGAAGAUGGGUCAAGUGGUGUAUGUGCCGGUGAAAACGGGAACGGGGUCAGAUGGACUGUCGGAGCCCGAGGGCAUCUCUCUGAAACGCGUGGCUGUGGUGGAAGAUUUCUUUGACAUCAUCUACUCGAUGCAUGUGGAGAACUCGGCAGAGCCAGGCAAAGCACCCAAACAUGCCGGGCAGAAGAAAACCUAUCGAGCGAUUGCAGAGACCUAUGCUUUCCUUCCAAGAGAAGCUGUGACCAGGUUCCUGAUGAGCUGCACGGAGUGCCAGAAGAGGAUGCAUUUUAACUCCAAUGGCCUGGAGCCCAAAGAAAAUGAGCCACCCUCCUCUUUGGUCUCUGGAAUCAUUGACUACAACAUGCCUCUCACCUCCACCUAUCUGAAGCAAAUGAAGCUGCGGGUGAUGAAUUCCCAGGAGCAGGAUGAGACGUCGGUGAGCAGCGAGGAUUUUGAUAUGAACGACUCCACAUGGAUUGCAGCUGACCAGCAUCUGAACUCCAGUUUGAGCCCCAGUCAGGACGAGAGCAUGCGGAGCCCUCAGAACCUGCACAGCCAGGAGGAUGAUGAUUCCUCGUCCGAGAGCUGCAGUGGGAACGGCUCCUCCACCCUGAACCCUUCCACCUCCAGCAGCACGCAGGGAGACAGCGCCUUCCCGGAAAUGAACGGGAACGGGACUGCGGCUCCCAUGGACUUCACCGCCUCAGCCGAGGACCAGCCCAUCAACCUCUGUGACAAGCUCCCGUCUGCCCACGUCGCUCCCUCCUACCAGUCGGACAGCUGUGCCGACGGGCUGCGGAGCCGGGUCAAGUACACAGCCAAGACGACAGCGGAGUCCCCUCCAUACAGUUCGGGCAGUUACGACUCCAUCAAGACCGAGGUCAGUGGCUGUCCAGAGGACCUGACCGUGGGCAGAGCGCCCACCGCAGACGAAGACGACGACGACCACGAUGACCACGAGGAUAACGAUAAGAUAAAUGACUCUGAAGGGAUGGAUCCGGAGCGACUAAAGGCCUUCAAUAUGUUUGUGCGCCUUUUUGUGGAUGAGAAUCUGGACCGUAUGGUUCCCAUCUCCAAGCAGCCCAAAGAGAAGAUCCAGGCGAUUAUAGAGUCCUGCAGCCGACAGUUCCCCGAGUUCCAGGAGAGAGCUCGCAAACGCAUUCGCACUUACCUCAAAUCCUGCCGGCGCAUGAAGAAGAACGGCAUGGAAAUGACCAGACCCACUCCACCGCACCUCACCUCAGCCAUGGCAGAAAAUAUCCUCGCAGCUGCAUGCGAGAGCGAAACACGGAAAGCAGCCAAGAGAAUGCGACUGGAGAUCUAUCAGACAUCUCAGGACGAGCCGAUCGCUUUGGAUAAGCAGCACUCCAGAGACUCCACAGCCAUCACACACUCCUCCUAUUCGCUGCCAGCGUCCUCCUACUCCCAGGAUCCGGUCUACAUCAACGGCAGCUUGAACUACAGUUACCGUGGCUACGGGACCCUCAGCGGCAACCUGCAGCCUCCCACGUCGCUCCAGACAGGAAACCACAGUAACGGUCCUACUGAUCUCAGCAUGAAAGGCGGGGCAUCUAGUACAGCCCCUUCUAAUAGCACCAGCAGGGCGAUGCCAGCUGCCCAGCUCAGCCCCACAGAGAUCAGCGCAGUGCGACAACUGAUUGCCGGCUACCGAGAGUCAGCAGCUUUCCUCCUUCGGUCUGCAGACGAACUGGAAAACCUCAUUUUACAGCAGAACUGACGCCUGGCGGCGGCGUAGCUCCUGUCUCAGAAGACAAUUUACAUCCUUUGGAAACAGGCUCCUCCGGGUAUCCUGCUCAGGACUAGUCAUCGUCCUCCCACCACGUAGCUGGUACAUUUUGCUUUUAAAAGCUGGAACCCAAGAACUAUUUUCUUUCCCACGCGGAGCACCUGGGACUUGGGGCACAAGGACACAUUUUUGACUCUCAACACAGGUGCGCCUAGCUGAGCAGAAGCCAAACCUCCAGCUUGGAUGGGUGUGGGAUUUUUUUGGGGUGGAAAGGAGCCUGGGGAGGUUUGGGGCUGCAGCUGUAUUUAGAAUAACCUUUGUGGACCCCAGCGUUAGAAUCCCAUCCCCAGAUAAUUACCUUUCAAGGUCUUAGGUGAGCAGAAUUGCAUAUUUAUUGAGAAAUGGACCUUCCUCUUCCCUUAGUAAUUUAUUUUUCUGAAAAUGGAUUCUUUUGAGUUUGUACAGAUUGCCAGUUUUGUGUCCGUCUGAGCGGAAGGAAUUUGUUUCCUGUGAAGUAACACAUUCCAUAUCACUACACUACUAACGGCUGGGCCGCGCCCCCAGCCUCUCCCAGGAGAGACCCUGCUCUGCAGGGUACAAGUUUUCCAUCUAGCCCCGCACUUCUAGGCUGCUCUGCUGCCAGCAAGCUUAGGCAAAAGCUGAACAAUGUGGCAAGUGUCUUGUCAGACCUUCAUGCCACCGGUCCUGCAGCAGCAAUGGGUCCGAGAUCUCCUGCCAAACUGAGCUCCGUAGGCCAACUGGAAGGACCUCUCAUGCUCAUUUAACUCAGUGCAAAACGGGAAAUACCCGAGAACCACUCCCACCCCUCUUCUACCUCUCACUGCGUUGGGGGCUUUUUUCAGGAUCAUGGGUAUUCUGAACGGUUCACACCAUCCUUGCAUCCAAGACCGGGGCGCAGGCCGCUAGAUAACACUGAUGGACAGCUGGCCAAAGCUGGCUCCCUUUUCGUUCCGAAGAGGAGGAAGGAGCCGCAUUGCUGAGGGACAGCAGCUCCCUGGUAUCAGGGAUGAGGCCUGACCCCUCCCCACUGAGGACACCCAGGCUGUCUCCCCAAGCCGAUGUGGAAGCAGCAGCCAGCUGGUUAGAUAAACACAAUUGAAUACUCAUGCAGCCCUUCUGGGAGAAGAGAUGACUGCAGGUCAACAAGCAGCUCCUUCCUACUCAGAAGGAAGGCAUUAAGAGACACUCAACAGCAGAAAGGGUGAAAAUUUUCCCCGGCGUCUUGUUCCAUCCUCACCCUCCUGUACUAGUCCUGGGAAAAGCUCUCAAGUGUGAAAAAAAUCGGUCUGAUUUCCAUUGCUGUUUCUCCCCUACUCCCACCUGCCCCAGCAUAAAACCAUGCACUUCCCUUUGCUCGGUGCAAUACCUACUCCCAGUGCUGCUACAACCAGGGACUUGGCUCAGGCAUCAGGGGACUGAGCAGGGCCAAGCAAUGCAACAGUCUGUAGCCAUAGAAAGCAGCAGAAAAUUGCUGCCUAAGAGUCUGUGAGAAUUUCUCUCACCCUUGUCCAUGCGAGCAGAAUUCUUCUCCUGCCCUUUCUUAAAGGCAUGGACCAUAACCAGCAGCACCAGAGACACUUGAAGCCCAUUAAAAUAGUUUUGAUCGUUUAAGUGCAGGUGGUUCCUUCUCUGAAGUUAGCUCCUUUUACACCAGUUAAUUGAGCGCUCACUCCUGUUUUGAAGGGUUGUGCUCUGCAGUCCACACUGCCCCCCACCCCUACUGCAGCAGAAAUCAUGCUAGCAGCUGGGUUUCACACUGUUUCAGGGAGCACAGGCUGGGCUCCAGCAAGGACGGAGCCGCCGAUGGUUUGUCAACAGUUUUAACCAAAUUACUUCCCUGUCAUACUAGGGGGAACUGGCUAAAGAACAAGGCCCUGUCCUUUUUCUUAGCUGAAACACACCAGGCUUCUGGCUCGCUAGACCAGGACUGCCGAGCCUGGCCCUCAAAGGGAUUAGUGCAUUGGCCACUUUCCCCAAAAUCUGAACUCUUCCCCAGCUGCUGGAGAAAAGGGAUUUAAUUCCUGGUCAUUUCCUACAGUCAGAGUCCUUGCAGGGAGAAAGCGGCAGUUUGAUGUAAAUCAGAGUUGAUUCCCCUCCUCUCAGCACGAGCCAACGAGGUGGGUUCUGGGGGAACAUGUUCCCAUUUUGGUUAUUUGCAUGUAUGGACAAUAGACAAAAGUCAGGCCAACCUCCAGGGAGCGUGGGCUUGUAUCAGCACCAAGGUAUCUGGGAACAGAAUGACCACACAGAAACCCAAAUUUCAGGCCCAUACUUCCCCUGGCACUUCAUGAGCCUGCUUGAUUUGUCCACUGCAUCCUCCCAUACUUUGAAUUUAUGUAAAUAUUUAUUUUUAGGUGAACAAUACCAUGAAGUAGCAAACCUUUUACAAAACAUUAACCACAGUCUUUGUGAAAGUCUUAAUGUUAAAAGAGAGGCAGAGACAAUCGCUGUCCCAGAAUGCUCUAUAUAAAUUACUUAAUUGUUGCCUCUGUUCCUUUUAAGAGGCCAUCAAGAACACGUUAGCCAUAAAUUUGCCAGCCAACUAACCGACAAAGACACUGCCUAGGGGCCUCUUAUAAACAGAUCAACAGCAGUUUGUUUAAAAUUGCAUUUACUCAAGCUGUAGCUGUCUUUACUAGAUAACCAUCCAACUUUGUGUUUAGCAGCCCUUAACAUUUAUACCACUGGUAGAGCUGUUGAGACUUACAAGUGCAUAGGAUGAAUUGCCCAACUAAUGUUCAUAACUUGCAGCUGGAUGAGACAAACUCAGAUUUCCGAAGGUCUGGUGGCAGUGGUACCUGUGACAAGGUGUGGAACAAAUGAGAUCCACCAUAUGCGUGUGGCAGGGAAAGUUUUAUGUAAAUCGCAUCUUUUACUCUUUGGAGCUAUCUCCACAGAACAUCUCUGUGCUCUCACUGAUCCUUACUCCGUCGUGGUCCUUCUCUACUCAAAGGCUGUUUUGCAGCCCUCUUCAUAAGUUUUAAAAGGUUUGAAAUCUCAAUUUACGAUUCUCAAUGAGAAGGAAUGAGCAGGAGCAAAAUACCCCGGCUCUCCAGCCUUUGUGAGGAGUAAAAGGGGAGUGCUGAGUUAGCAAGUGGUCUGGAAAAAGCAGUGACAGAGAAGAUAAACUCUCCUCCUAACCACCACCACCACCACCACCACCAUUUGUACACAGGGAAUGGUCAGUUCCCAAGCACAGUGUUUCAGUAAGGGGAAGUGUUCACAGGAUUCCCAGCAGACGUGACCUGUACCUCCCCCCUCCACAGGGCCAUCUUCCUCCCACAGGUGGUCAUAGGAUUUAGUAUCAGUCAUUUACAAAAUGCUGCUUUGAACUCAGAGGGUUAAUAUACUUUUGAUUUGUAAUUUUUUGUAAAACUUUUUACAAGGUAGCAUAGUAUUUCACCAGAAUACCAACUACAAUCCGUCCAUGGUCUGAUUUUUAUAUAAUUUAGUGGUGCUUUAGAAACUUUUGUUUGGUUGUUUCGGAGCUGUAAAGCUCAGUUCUUCGCCUGUAUCUACCUAAGACCAAUGUGAACCUUUGUAUUUUUGCUCCUAAUUUUGGACUCAGUGAAAGUGUACUGUUUACAUGUACAGAAUUCCCAGCCCCUGUGUGUUCUGCAAGACCUGCUGCUGAAGAGGAAGCUGCACCUCACCCAGUUCAUCUGCUUAGCAAAGCCACAGACAACGCUGACACACAAACCACCUUAAACCCCACAAAACUGGGAUGUACUGCAAAGAGAUUUUGGCUUUUGCACAGCCCUAUCACACUUUAAGUGAUCAAUUAAACAGUAGUUGUAGCUUAAACAUUGACAGCUGAUCUGAGAGGGUGAGGUGAAGGUAAACAGCCAGGACCCCAACCAGAAAUAGAACCAUAUGAUGGUGCUAUUUCACCACUUUUCCUCCCUGACACCCCAGGCAUGAAGGUGAAAGCUACCUAGCUGACCUGAGGGUUCUAGUGGAGUGGAGGCCAGGGAAAAGGGGAAAAGCCCUCUUUCCUUCAGCACAAUUGAACACAUUUUUACUGAUUCUCAGUUCAAUCAUCUAAGAUGAUCAUUUCAGAUGAAAACGACAGGAGAGGAUUCUGUCUCUAGACACAGGAGCUCCAAAAUGGAGGAGGCAGCUCCUUCAGAAAGUUCGUACAUUCGGGGGCGGGGGGAUGGGGGCUCAGAUACUGAGCAUAUGGCACUUAAAUCACCAUGGAAAGAGAAUCCAGCUUCUAAGGUGACACUUUACUGCUUAAUCGACUGAUUCAUUUCUAAAUAUUUUUGCAGCUAGGCACCUAUGCAACUUAACGUGGCUCUUUUAAGCAGACGAGCACUUCCUCCUCAAUACGCUCUAUAAAAAUUAUUUGUGUUCUAUACUGUGGAUUUUUCCAGUAAGUGUGGCUUACUAUUUUAAUUCUUAGACUGUGUGUCUGUUAUAUGUGAUGCAACUUAAUUCUGUUCUGUUUGUGGAAUGAUUAGCACAGGCCAACUCCCUCUCCCCCCUCACUUAACAAAGACCAAUGAGCUGUUAAUCAAGCUGUUAUUUCCAUGGUAUUACUUGCUAAAUGCACUGAUUUCAUAAGUAUGUGGAAUCCUCUUUUUCUUUUGACUCUGUAUAUCAUAUAUAAGACUGAAUCUACUUAAUAAACACUGUAUAA